GAAGCUUCUUCCCCAAAAUCAUCGACCUAUCGAACGAUACACGCACGAGCACUACAUCAUACAGCCGCUCUCUCCUCCCCCUCCCCUCCUCAUCUCCUCCUCUCCGUUCUCCUCGUCACCAUCUACCCCCUCUUCCACAGCGGCCACAUCCUUUUCUUCAUUUCUCGCAUUCUUUCGCCUUUUCACACUAUUUACGACUGCGGACACGACUGGUGCUGAUCAAAUCCCGACCCCGACAAAAACCGACGACUGAGUGGCCGAGCUUCCGGACGGAGCUUGAAUUUCUUCUCUUUCUCAUCGCUCGAAACAACAAUAUUUACACGUGCAUUGAGUUGUCAUCUCGAGGCUCUCAAUGCCAACGCCUCUUUCAUUCCGACGAACGUGAGCGCCUUCUCGCAUCGAAUCCCUAAGCCACGACGAUUACUUCUUCAAGACACCCACCGAGCCGAAUACUCCUAGACAACAUGGUCCUCUCUCACACUACGAACCACACCUACUCCCACCCCUUCGCGACCGUGACACUCGCCUACUUCCUCCGCUACUCUUCACCCAAGCUCAACCCGUUCUCCACCCAUGUCCUCAGCACCGACACCAUCGACAGCCGCCUCGACCCGGUGACGGGCAGGCUGCACACCACCCGCAUCCACCUGAAGAAGUCCCGUAUGCCCGCGCCCGUCUUCAAGCUUCUUCCCACUUCCAUCACGGGCGGCGGCUCCAGCGAGAAAGUGAGCUAUGUUCUCGAGAACUCUGUCAUCGACAUGCGCGAGGGCUGGAUGCGCACAGAGAGCAAGAAUCUCAGCUUCAUGAACGUGCUCUCCGUCGUCGAGAAGCAGGAUUUCCGCCUUCCCGCUGAAGCAGCGGACGCGACCACCGAUGUGACAACCACAUUUGUCUACAAGUCGCGUCUCGGCGAGAGGCUGCGUGGCGGCAAGAAGGACCAGAUGCCAUCUGCCGUCGGGCAGCCGGAGCAAAAGGAGGGUCGCUGGAUGCCCGGCUGGAUGAGCGGACUCGGCGCGCGCGGCGUGCAACGCAGCAUUGAGAGCAUUGCCUCGAGCAAGACGCAGGACCAGAUGGGCAAGAGCCGUGAAGGCAUGCGCGUCGUCCUCGAGCGACUUCGGAAGAACGGCGUCGUGGGGGUGCUGGAGAUGAUGAGACGGGAACGCCAACUGGCUUGAUGGACAUACCCGGCUCGACGAAUGCGCAUCUCGGAACGUGGCCUGGACUGGAGGGGAGAGAGUGCCUAUGUAUACCAUUCACGAAGGGGCCAUUGACGACAUUGCCUGGUCCGCGGGUCACGUUCCGAUGUUGCUGUACCCCUAUCACACCACUUGUUGUACAUUAUUUUAUGACCAUAGCGUGGCGUCUUUAUGGCUUUUUAUUGCAGUCAGGGAGGACACGGCAAAAAUGGGCGACGGACACGGAAAAUUAUUGGACUCCUCUGUCAUGCCGUCUCUGUAUGACAUCCCCUCUCUUGUAUUUGGCACUGAUGUAGUCAAUCAUGUAAAAACUUUGAA